AUGAACAGAGCUAAUGAGGUGGAUGGAGACUCCUUUGCCGAGAAGCUCGUGAAUUCGAUCGAGGAACGAAGCCUUGACGUCAUGCAAGUCAAGCAAGUUCUUCUUCAUCAACACAACCGUCCCCAUGAUCUUAUUGCUGCUGUUGUUGGUGCUGCUGCUGCUACUGGUGCUGCCAUUCUCGGUUAUGGCGAUAUCUCUGGGCUGCACACAGCAACUUUCCAUGACUUUCUGCAACAUUUUUUCACCCUGCUCGGUUUGGAAGGGAGGAAGGAAAACAGAGGGAAGGAAGGAAGGAAGAUUCGAAGAGUGGGUGUUGAAGUGGGAUCUGCGGGGAAGGAAUGGAGUGGAGAUAUUGGUCAUGUAUUUUUAUAG